AUGUCGCCAGUAAAGGACUUCGACGUAGCAAUCGUUGGCGGUGGAAUUGCGGGGCUAACAUUGGCGAUUGCUCUUAACUCUCGGUCUAUCCCCGUCACUCUCUAUGAGCAGGCGCGCUCAUUUGGAGAGAUUGGAGCGGGUGUCUCAUUCAGCCCCAAUGCUGUCCAGGCAAUGAAAGUAUGCCACCAGGGCAUUUACGAAGCAUUUGAAACAGUAUGCACUAGAAACAUGUGGCCGUCCAAGGAGAAAGUCUGGUUCGAUUAUGUGGAUGCAUACAGCGAUGUAAUGUCCAACGGUGUUCUUGAUACGGCGUUCACGAUUUCGAGUAAUCUCGGUCAGAAUGGCGUACAUCGUGCCCAUUUUUUGGACGAGGCAGUCAAACUCAUCCCUAACCAACUUGCGAGGUUUGGUAAACGACUUCAAAAUAUCAGCGAAGAUCGCAACGGUAGACUCGUGAUGCAUUUCGACGACGGCACUGUAGCGGAGGCUGACGCGAUCAUUGGCUGUGAUGGGAUCAAGUCUCGGGUGCGUCAGACCAUAGUUGGCCCUGAUCAUCCAUCUGCUCGGCCUGUUUAUACACACAAAUAUGCGUUCAGGGGGCUCAUUCCGAUGGAGGAUGCGUGUGCCGCUGUUGGUGAAGAGCGAGCUCAGAAUGCUUGCAUGUAUAUGGGCUAUGACAAACACGUCCUAACCUUCCCAGUGAACCACGGAAAGACCCUUAAUUUGGUUGCUUUCAGAACCACCAUGGAGGACUGGCCCGAUGCCCAGAGAUUAACCAGACCAGGCCAAAGGGACGAGCUUUUGCACGAAUUCGAAGAUUAUGGACCAGCAAUUAUCAAGUUAUUGAAGUUAAUUGGCCCAAAACUUGAUGUAUGGGCGAUAUUUGACCUCGGCUACCCUGUUCCAACCCUUUAUAAAGGCCGCAUCUGCAUCUCAGGUGAUGCUGCUCACGCUACUUCUCCUCACCAUGGCGCAGGGGCCGGUUUUUGCAUUGAGGAUAGUGCGAUGUUAGCGGAGCUGCUCGCAGAUGAGCAAGUUAAGUCACGGCAUGAAUUGGAGGCCGUCUUUGCUACAUUUGAUGCAGAGAGACGAUCAAGGGCGCAGUGGUUGGUAGACAGCAGUCGGUGGAUUGGGGACUGUUACGAAUUGCGUGCAGAAGGGAUCGGAAAUGACUUUACUAAGAUUGAGGCUGAAAUCAAGGAAAGGAAUGGGAUUAUUGCUAAUGUAAACAUAGAAGAGAUGUGCGCGAGGGCUAAGGACGAGUUGCGAAAGAGGCUGUCAGGAGGUAGAGGAUUGUAA